AUGGCUCACUUGCCCGAGAAGGCUACUCACGUCCCGCUUUCCCAGAUUGCUAUACCCGGAACACACAAUUCGGGGAGCUACGGCAUUCAGGAAUCCUCUCCACUCUCCCUUGAUAUGAAUUAUAAAUCCCUAAUCAAGGUUCUCGGCCUCUUCUUUAAAAUACCCUACUUCAAGUGGUCUGUGACUCAAAAAACCAAUUUCACGACUCAACUCCAGUCAGGAAUUCGUUACUUCGACAUGCGAGUCGCGAUAAAGAGGCAAUCCUGCGUGGGCUUACUCUCGAAUUCCUCCAUUGAUAUUUAUCCCUGCUUCUUCCUUGUCCACGGGCAGUAUGCCAACAGGGUCAGCGAGGAGUUGGAAACAAUUAAGAGCUUUCUAAAACACCACCCUAAAGAAGUGGCCAUAAUUGACUUCCAGCACUUCUACGGAUUGGACGAAUCUUUAAAGUCGAUAUUCAAGGACCUGAUCAAAAAAGUGCUUGGAGAAAUGGUGGAGCCUUAUGGGAGUCAAAUCCCUUCUCUGGCUGAAAUGUGGUCACUCAAAAAGCAGGUCAUCAUUUUGGGCUAUGCGAAGAGUUUUGACGAACUUGAAGACGACAUUUCAGUGCAGUGGCCAAGCGAUUGGAUGCAGAAAAGCAGACCGGUCUACUUUUUCGUCUUCCAAGGUAUCCUCUCCCCAAACCUGGACUACAUUCUCUUCAAUUUCACAAGCGGACUGGAAAAACUAGCCAGACUUGCCAACACUGUUGUGGGAAAGUGGUUAGACGGAUUGAAACAUCUGCGCGGCAUUGUCAUUACGGACUUUUCUGUCCUCGGCUUUCCCGGAUUUGCUCGCAAAGAGAGACUCGGUUCACAGCCCACCGCGCACCGCGCUGAAGAAUUCUGGUCUGUCACCUUGGUAAACGGGGUCGGGCCGAAAUGCCGCACUAUAUGUGCGUCGGCAGUUGGGCCGCAAUUUUCUGCAGUGAGUGACUUCGCCGCGUAA